AGCGUCCCGUCCCCAGUCCCGAAUUGCUCCGCCGGGUGCACUCUGAUCGGCCUCGACCUGUCUGGCACAGCCUAUGCGAUCAGCCUGAGCCCCGUGGGCGCGAUCCCUGGCCGGCCGGGCAGAUGCUGGGCGCGAUGGCCGACCUUGCCCUCGCCCCGGUAACGCGGCAGGUCAGCGGCCGCGCCGCCCCGGCCGCAGUCCCUAGCGGCCCCGAGCGCGGGCAGCCCCUGGCCGCAACAGUGGCCGAGCUGUCUGUGCUGGACGCCUCCGGGAGGCAGGUGCCGUUCGGCGCGCUGUUUCGGGAGCGCCGGGUUAUCGUGGUCUUCGUGAGGCAUUUCCUGUGUUACAUCUGCAAGGAAUACGUAGAAGAUCUGGCCAAAAUCCCCAAGAGUUUCUUACAAGAAGCAAAUGUCACCCUUAUAGUGAUUGGACAGUCAUCCUACCAUCAUAUUGAGCCUUUCUGCAAACUGACUGGGUAUUCUCAUGAAAUCUAUGUUGAUCCUGAGAGAGAAAUUUAUAAAAAAUUAGGAAUGAAAAGAGGUGAAGAAAUUGCCCCUUCAGGAAAGAGUCCCCAUAUAAAAUCAAAUGUACUCUUGGGAAGCAUUCAGAGCCUGUGGAGGGCAGUGACUGGCCCUCUUUUUGAUUUUCAAGGAGAUCCUGCUCAGCAAGGUGGAACCCUCAUUUUAGGUCCAGGUAACAACAUCCAUUUUAUACACCGUGAUAGAAAUAGGUUGGAUCACAAACCCAUCAACUCUGUUUUACAGCUUGUAGGAGUUCAGCAUGUGGACUUUACAAGCAGAUCUUCAGUUAUCCAUGUGUGAUGGUAUAGACUCUUUAUCACUUUCGAAUGGACCCUUGGGAUAUGACCUGAAAUGUUCAGAGUGUGGUAUCCUUGUGCAGUGUCUCACUUGUUGGCUUUUCCCAGUCUUUGAGGAGUUAUGAAAACAUAAAGAGACCAUGUACUAGUUGAACUACAUACUGGGAGGCAUCAGUUGUCAAAAAUGUUAUAUAUAUUUAUAAUUCUAUAGCUUUUAAAGUUUUAUGUAAAA